UGAAAAAUGAAAAUAAAAUCCAUGAGUGUGGAUAUACUGGGAAUAUGUUCCUGCUGCAGUCACAGGCAUUCACAAAUUGAGGAAUCAAACAACAGUUUUGAGCUUGAAGAAACAACAAGAUGCUGAGACUAAUGUUGUCCUGUUGUAAAGUAUACAUAUCUGAGACACGAAACAAAUCUGCACUCGACUCAAUUGAGCGAGCUGCCAAACUAUUUCCCGAGGCAGUUGUUGUGAAUAAGUUUGAAGAUGAGACUUACAACAGAGUAGGAUACACACUUGUCUCGAAAUCGGGUCUAAGUGAUACAACAUGUUCCUUGAAACCUGCUGUUUUUGCAAUGGUGAAAGCAGCAUUUGAAAACAUUGAUUUUGAGUUGCAUAGUGGUAGCCAUCCGCGGCUUGGUGUUGUUGAUCAUAUAUGUUUCCAUCCGUUGGCUUCAACGUCUCUUGAACAAGUUGCUCAGACUGCUAAAGCUCUUGCUAAGGAUGUUGGUUCCACGCUUCAAGUCCCUACCUACACAUAUGGUGCUGCUAAUAAUGAACAAAGAUCACUCGAUUCCAUCAGAAGGGAGCUUGGCUACUUCACACCAAAUGCAACUGGAAAUCAAUGGUCAGGUGGACUACAGUCAUUAGCUCUACCAACUGAACCAGAUGAAGGUCCAUCCCAAGCGGUUCAAGCAAAGGGUGUAGUUGUCAUAGGAGCAACCAAAUGGGUCGUUAACUACAAUGUUCCUGUGUUCUGUACCGACAUUGGUACAGUUCGUAGAAUUGCGAAAAGGGUAAGUGGACGAGGUGGUGGACUUGCAUCCGUUCAAUCAAUGGCAUUGGUUCAUGGGGAUAUCGUUGAGGUUGCUUGUAACUUGCUGGAUCCAAGCCAGGUUGGUGAGGAUCAAGUUCAGGCUGCGGUUGAACAUCUAGGAGCAGAAGAGGGUUUGACUAUUGGGAAAGGGUACUUCACGGAUCUUUCUCAGGAAGAAAUUAUACAAACUUACCUGAAGUUGAGUUCUUCAAAAUUUUAAGUGAUUUUGACAUUACCUGAUCUAUUGAAUAUGUAUCGCUUUUUUAUGCUUGACACAUGCGUAGCAUAUCGAAACAAAAUUUGUAUUUGAGUUUCGUUGUUUUCUCAGUUGUAUACCUUGGGUACAAAUUAGGUGAAGAAUCUGUUUAUAUAUAAAUAUAUGCUGGCUGCUCUUAUAGCUUCAUAAAUUAAA